AUGGUAUGGAGAUUAAUUGCUAAUAAUUGGUAUUCCAUUCUCAUUAAUGGUCAGUCAUUUGGUUUUUUCCACUCCACCAGAGGGGUCAAACAGGGAGACUCUUUCUCUCCUGCUCUUUUUAUUCUAGUUGCUGAGGUCUUGUCUAUGGCUCUUAAUUCUUUAUUUGAAAAAGAUAGCUUUAGAGGAUACGGAAUGCCAAAAUGGAGUGCAAAUUUGAAUCAUCUGUCAUAUACAGAUGAUACUAUAAUAGUUGCAUCUGUAGGUAAAGCCUCUUUGGAGAUGAUUAUGUCCAUUUUGCAUGAAUAUGAGAGAGUAUCUGGACAGAAGAUCAAUGCCAACAAGAGCUGUUUUUAUAUGCAUAAGAAGGUGGUUGUUAUACUGAAUUAG